UCGGGCUGGCAAGAGGACAGCAGGUUUUCGUCAGGAAUCAAUACAGGAGCCCCCCCACCCCUCCUCAAAAGAGAAUUAUAUCUUUCCAUCGGAUACAUUCAACUGCCAGUCAUACAGAAGCAGACAGAAUGAAGAGGACACAGUAGCUGUGCUCUAAAGCGAAUGAGAGGGUCCUGUGUUUGUGUGUGUCUGUCCUAAACACCCAGCACAGAUCCUCACACCAGUCAACGCACCACACAUCUGAAGGAUUUUUCUGGAUGGAGAAACUCUCUCCCCUCGUCCCCGUGUUUAUUUCGGGGAAUAUGGGCCGGGCCAGUCUGCCUCCCCUCUCUCUGGUGCUGCUGUGGUGUCUGCUCUCAGCUCUGUCCGCUUUUCCUUUUGGACCAGUCCUAGACCUGGAUAUUACUCCCAGAACCACAGUGUUUGCCAGCGGGCUGCUGGACUGUAACCGUUUCAGUGGUUUGACUGUGAACUAUAGUACUCUGUUACUGGAGGAUGAGGCGGGAAAGCUAUAUGUCGGCUCCAGAGAGGCGCUGUAUGCCCUGGAUAGCUCCAACAUCUCCACAGCACGGAACAACCUGUCUAUCGACUGGGCUGCGUCAGCUGAGCAGAAGAGACAGUGCAUGAACAAAGGCCGAGAUAAUCAGACAGAAUGCUACAAUCACGUGCGGUUUCUGGGCAGGUACAAUGAGACUCACCUUUACACCUGUGGAACCCACGCCUUCAGACCCCGCUGCGCUUAUAUAGAUGCGGAGUUGUUUAAAUUUGUCCGGUUUGAAGAGGGCAGAGAGAAAUGCCCUUAUGACCCGGCCAAAGGUUACACAGCUCUCCUCACAGACGGUGAGAUGUACUCGGCGUCCCAGUACGAGUUCCGCAGCUCGCCGGACAUCCGCCGGAACUUUCCGUUCCCGACGCUGAAGACGGAAGACGCUCCGACCCGCUGGCUGAUUGAGGCUGAUUUCGUGGGCUCAGCGUUACUGAGAGAGAGCUCAAACAGCUCCGUCGGUGACGACGACAAAAUCUAUUUCUUCUUCACGGAGAGAAACCCAGAGGAGCUGCCUUACUCCAGCCAGACCCGGGUGGCCAGAGUGGCGCGAGUGUGCAAGGGUGACAUUGGGGGUCAGAGGACCUUGCAGAGGAAGUGGACGUCCUUCCUGAAGGCCAGGCUGGUCUGCUCCAUCCCAGAGUACCAGCUUCACUUCAACGUCCUGCGUAGCGUGUUCGUGUUGGAGAGCCAAAACGUCCAUGACACCGUGUUUUACGCCGUCUUUGGGCUUGAGUGGAAAAACGUUAAGGCGUCGGCCGUGUGCCGUUACUCCCUGAGAGACGUCAGGGCUGCGUUUGAAGGGCCGUACAUGGAGACCCAGGACUCAAAGUUGGGGGUGUACACGGGGAAGGUUCCGGAACCCAGACCAGGAUCGUGUAUAACGGACCAGCAUCGUGCUCUGCUCAUAAACACAUCGCGUGACCUCCCAGACAGUAUUCUCAACUUUGCCCGAAGACAUCCACUAAUGGCCACUGAGAUCCAGCCCUCAGGGGGGCGCCCCCUGCUGUUUAAAAGAAGCAUUGACUACACUAAGAUCGCUGUGCACCAGGUCCCAGCCUUGGAUGGCCAAACAUACAAUAUGCUCUUCAUAGGGACUGAUGAAGGUUGGCUACACAAGGCUGUUGAGAUUGGCAGUAGUGUUCACAUCAUUGAGGAGCUGCAGCUGUUUGAGAAGCCACAUCCUGUAGUCAAUAUGGUCAUGUCACCUGCACAGAGGAGUGUGUAUGUGAGUGGAGCCUCUGGGGUCGUCCAGGUGCCUGUGUCUGUCUGUAGGCGUUACACAUCCUGUCACGAAUGCCUGUUCACACGAGACCCACUCUGUGCGUGGGAUGGGAACACCUGUGCCGAGGUGACAUCUUACACAGACAGGUCCAAUCUGACUCAGGACGUUCAGAGGGGGAGCCGAGGUUGCGAGAAUCGAACGGGAGACGGUAUGGUGUCUCACCGCACCCGCUCAGUGAUGGAGGGGGACGACGUGCUGCUGCAGUGUGAGCUUCGCUCCAAUCUGGCAACCCCACGCUGGACCUUCAAUGGCCAGAACCUCUUUGGUUACGGGCUGGACUCAGGCUACAGGAUUGGUACCGACGGCCUGCUGAUCAUAGGAACCCAAAGCAAGCAGAGUGGACACUAUCGCUGCUACGCCGUGGAGAACGACGUCUGGGUUCCGGUCCGCAGCUACGUCAUCAGAGUACAGGCGGUGCCGCCUCCGUCACCUCACCUGCCGACGGACCCCACGGCUUUACCUGAGUCUCUCUUCACCACCACCGUUGCAACCACCCGCGGUCCAACCAGUGAGCCCAGCGAGCUGUCCCAGCUUUCCCCGCUGGUCCCUCUCCCGGCCGGGCCGGAGUUCCAGACCUACAGGAACAUGGAGGCCAUGUAUAUCUCGCUGGUGGCGGUUCUGGGGGGACUUUGUCUGGUGCUAACCGUCGUGCUACUUUACGUUAGCUUCUGCGCGCGGGGCGCUCGGAAGGCUCGGAAAUACUCCCAGCCGCGGCUGUCGCUGACCACGGACGCCGAGAGGAAGGCCACCUCCAACGUGGAGCUGAAAACAAUCUCCAGUCACUGCAACGGCAGGGUGGAGGGGCGGGGCCGCGGGGCAGCAGCCAAUGAGGAUGGAAGUUUCCUGCAGAUUGUGCCAGGAGAAGGACAAUCCACACCUAAAAAGGAGCCGCCUCCACCUGCGCCUCCGCUCCCCAGCCCUCCGCCCCUUCCCACGUCUGAAUACACCAACGGACUGUCGGCUACGCUGCCCAGCGUCCUGAGGAAGAUGAACGGGAACAGCUACGUGCUGCUAAGACAGGCGGACACAGAGACUACAUCUCCGCUCUAUCACUCCUUCACGGAAGAGCUCAACAGGAUCCUGGAGAAGAGAAAACACACGCAGCUCGACACGCAGCCCGACGAGAGCUCCGUGUAGCUGUAGUGUUUUCUCAUCGAUUCCUACUUCUCAUCGAUUCCUACUACUGCGCCCCCUGGUGUUGUGGAGGUCUAACUGCUGUAUGAAAAGCUGCUUUUUUUUUUUUUUUUUUUAACCCAUGUGUAAACAUAUGUACUCAUGGUAUGUACUGUAGAGUGUUACAGUGCUGUAUCCUGAUGUAUAUUUGCAGCUUAUAUAGGACUCAGGUCCUCAGAUGAUAUUUUGUGUGAUGGGUUGUAGGUAUUGUGAUCCUUGAUGGGCAGGGCUGCUGUUUAUUUUAGACGUGGCUAGAGAUUACAAAUGGCAAAGGUUUGGACCUUUUCUACAAAGUCAAACCGCUCUCUGUCCCAGACGUUUCUGAGGGAGAAGUAGGGUUUCGGAACAGAAUCUCGCAGAUGAACAGAGCUCUUCGGGCGUCCCUCUGAACAGGGAUCAGAGCAAUGACACUGAAAGACUAAAGACAUUCUUUAUCAGAUGAUACAAUUCAGAUACCACAUGACACUACUUUUGAGGAAGGCAUAUCCAAAGGUGGCAAUCACACACACACACACACACACAC